AUGAGAAGUAACAAGGAAAAUAACCCAUUGAAAGUUGGCCGCUUUGGAAUUGGAUUUAAUUCUGUUUAUCACAUCACAGGUAUGUGUAAUUGCCUUGCUGGGGUACAGCUACAGUACAUCCUUCUCAAUUUACUAACCUUGGCCGGAUUUUGAGGGAAGGUGUGCCCUUCCCCUGAGAUCGUUUUGCACCGGCCUCCCCUGAAAAUUCAUGCAUCUCUCCUUGGGAAAGGUUGAACAAUAAAUGAAAGUAAAAAUUUGACAAUAUUUGUUGCUUGGCAGUCUACACUGUGUCAAUGACCCUUUUAAUGCAAUGUUUCGAAAGAAAGUUUGUAGUAUUUAUGUAUAAAUGAAGGGCAAAAUUGGUGAGUCGAACAGUCGAAAUUUAUAAAUACACUCAUUCUGAUGUGUUCCAUAUACAUGCAUACAUCACCUAGUUGACUCUAGGAGGGUACGUUCUAAGCCCUAAUAAUUUGAUCGGGCCUGUGAGCUAGACCGCUGCACUGUUCAUCAAUUUUUCUACCUCCCCCACCAUUCACAAUCUGGCCUUGCAUAUAUAGGUUUAUUCUUAUGCCCAAUUUGAUCACGAUACGUUUCAGCAAAGCGAAAUCAUGUAAACAGCGCCCCAAAGAUAUAAAUUAAUUAAUAUACAAUUGUGGAGUAUACAUUAUACAAUGAUCAUCUAGGCGUACUGUAUGGGGCUGAUGGGGAGAGGGGGGGGAUUCGGAGGAGUUCAAAGUUUGCCUGAAUUUUUAUGGAAGAUUGUAAUAAAAUAACCUGAAUUUAACACAUAGUUCUUAAUAAACCUGCCCAAUUUUAUUGAUUUUUCUUAGCAUUUACCCGAAUUUCCAUGGUUUUCUGAAGUUUUUGGGGGCAGUUGCCCCCUGCCCCCUCCCCUGUCUCGUACAAAUAUAUGUCAAUGAUAAUGAAAACUGGUUAACCGAUUUCAUAUAACUUGUGAGUAUAAAAUGAGCUGAAUACACGCGUAAAAAUUGAGAGUUGCAAGUUGAUAUCGACAGGCGUGAACAAGGUUGUGCGGCCCACUAUGAACAGUAUUGUCAACAUGUUGUUACAGCAUUAUUCAACUGUAACAACUUGGAACAACAUGGUUGACAACUUGUUCAUAGUUGGCCGCACUACGUUGUUCACGCCUGUCGAUAUCAACUUGCAACAACCUGUGCGUUUUUAGCCGUGUAUUUGAGGCAAUUGUCGAGAAGAUCUCUGUAUAUAAAAUGAUUUCGCUAUAAUUUAAAGCCAUGCUCUUUUUCUAAAUAUUUAUAGACUUACCAAGUAUUGUGAGUGGCAAUACAGUUGCAUUCCUAGACCCACAUGAGAAAUAUUUUGUUCGUGGUGAACCAGGCCAAGCGUUUUCUACGGAAGACCCUUUACUGACUGAGAACUUCGACCAGUUUGAGCCGUUUCACCAGAUGUUCGGCUGCAAUCUUAACCAGGGAAACUAUUACAGUGGAACUCUCUUUCGGUUUCCGUUGAGAACUCACGAAUCAAAGUUGUCGAACAAAAUCUACACGAGAGAUAUGGUCAAUACUCUGUUUGAUUCAUUUAAAAAUGAAGCAAGUGCGAUUCUCCUUUUUUUGAAAAAUGUCGACUCCAUCAGAUUGUACAAGCGAGAACAACGAGGAACAUUUUCUUGUCUCUAUACGGCCCGAGUAUCUGACAAGUCAAAGAUUGAGGUCAAGAAGAGGAGACAAGAAUUAAUCGCGGACAUCACGGUCGAGUGGGAUUUUGCCGUGAAAACAACCUUUUACCGUUUGGAAAUCGAGAAGAUAUCUCCAGAAAAGCCUCCGGAAAAGAACGAGUGGUUCGUAGCUAAUCAAGUUGGCACCAAUGAAAAGAAGCUAGUCGAGUUGGCCCGGGAUUUAAAGUUGUUGCCUUGGAUCGGCAUCGCAUUUCCCGUGGAUGCUAAUAACAACAUGUCUUCACUUGGGAGGAUCUUCUGUUUUCUUCCUCUCCCCACUGAUGGCGACUGUCGAACAGGGUUACCGGUUCAAGUGAAUGGCUACUUUGGAUUGACAGACAACAGAAGAGCUUUGAAGUGGCCUGGUCCCGAUUGCCAGAAUGACGACACGGCCCAGUGGAAUCAACUUCUUUUGGAAAAGGUCGGAAGUCAAGUGUACGCCAACCUAAUUGUAAACAUGGUGCAGGAUAGUUCUGCCAAUUUUCCAUCGAUGGAGUUGCUCGCUAAGUUAGUAUACAAUGCUUUGCCAGUUCAAAGCAAUGUCAGGCACGAUUGGAAAUGUAUCUUGCAACCGUUUUUCAAAAUGGUUUUAGGAAGCAAAAUAUUCUUGACAACUCCCGCAGGGGAGUGUCGAUGGAUCAGCCUUGGGGAAGCCAUUAUCGAUCGCCUGGACGGGACCAAAGGCAUGAGAGAAGAAGUCAAAAAAGUUGUCCUACAUACGUUGCUGAGCGCAGGCCAGCCAAUUGUUUCAUUACCAGGACACGUUAUACAAGUUGUUGACCAAUAUCAUCAGAUGUCUGGUUGGAAAACCCUUCAGAAAGUUACCCCAGCGCUGUUGUGUAACGUUUUGCGCUCUGAUUUCGAUUUUCAUAAGUUGCCAAUGGAUUUCCAAGAUCGAUUGUUCGUGUUGGAGUAUGCUCUGCAGAAUGUCCCUGGAAGUAAGCUUCGCGACGUUCGUCUACUUCCUUUAGAAAAUCGCCAGUUCAUAAAGUUCUCGUUUCCAUCCGUUAAGGAGGUCUUCAUUCCGUCUGAGAAGCACAGUGCCGAUCUCUUGCCCAAUAUGAAGCAUCGUCUUCUCUAUCGUGACCUCCCUCUACAACUACAACAGAAGUUGUACGAGCUUGGUUCUUCCAAAGUCACACAGUUGCAACACCCUACAGCUAAUGAUAUAAAGCAGCUACUCUGGCAAAACCUCCCUAAUGAUUGGUCCUGCGACUACCUCCCGCAGCUGGAAACCGUCACCUGGAAUCCUGAUAUAGAGGGACAUCCUUCUUUGACUUGGUUAGAAUUAGUAUGGAAGUGGAUCAAUGAGAAUUACCCAAGUAACCUUGGCGAGUUUGAAAGAAUGCCACUGGUUCCUGUUUCCAUCGAUCCACCCUCCUUGAUGGCUAGACUUCGCCUGAAUUCCGCCAUCAUUGUCACCGAACACCCACUUUGUAAUGAAGUACUUUCAGACAUCGUUCGUGAACUCUUAGUAAAGUCGGGCUGUGUUGCGAUUGAAAAAUUGCCCACCUUUAUAAAGCACGAUCAACUCCUUAAUUAUGUUUCUCUACCGACGCCGUCUGGUACUCUCAGCGUUCUUUCCGUAACAAAAGAUAAAGCAGUUCAACAACUGUCUGUUGCAUCAAACGAAGUUAAACACGAGCUUUGCUGUAUUCUGGCGAAGCUAGACCGCGUUAGUCCGGCUCAGAUAUCAUUUAUUCGUACGCUACCAAUCUUUGAAACAGUCGACGGAUGCCAUUUUGUUUCCUGUGAGACGAGAUCGGGUAAGCAGGCGGUGAAGCAGCGUUUUGUUGCACCACGAAACUUCUCGUUACCCGACGAAAUCCGCAUUGUUGACCGGACAGAGAUUCUGUCCUCUUCCAAGGAUGAAAGUUACCGUUUGCUGAAUAAAGUUGACAUGAAAACCGAGACCACAGCAAAUUUGAUCAAGAUUCAUUCAAAAAAAUUUUUAAAUUCUGGGACUAUCAGGGACGUUGAAAAAAACAAACUUAUGCUUUGGAUUUUGGAAAGAAUGGAUAUCUUAAAUCAAGAAAUGCCUGCAUUCUUGGUGUUUAUUCGUGAAAUGGCAUGUAUUCCAACUGCUAGUGGCAAACGCAUAGCACCAAAUAAACUUUUUGAUCAUUCUGAUGGACUUUUAACUCGGUUGCUAGAAGGCAACAACGAGGCUUUUCCAACAAACGAGUUUUUAGAGCCAAUACAAAGACGUAAAAAUGAACUAAAAGUUCGACAUAGAGAAAACCUGACCGCUCAAGAUGUUUUGCUUAUUGUAAACCAAACGCCCGAGAUAAGUUUGGACAGAGGUAUGGCUCUUGCGGAACUUAUGAAUCAACGACCGCAGUUACUUAGUGAGUACACUACAGAUGGAAGGUUACUGAGUCGUGUCCUGCGUGAAUUUCCAUGGUUACCACGAGUGCAGGAUCGUCCUGUUAACUAUCCUGAUUUCAUGCCUUGGUAUGAUGGAAUGAACCUCUGUAAACCGAGCAGCAUGCAUCCCGAUUCCUUGGCAUUCUUAGUUGGUGCAACAGUUCCUGUUUUCAAUGACAUUUUGAUUUCAGAUAAAGUAAAAGGUACGUAUAGCGAAUGAAAAUUUCUCACUAUACUUUGUGGGGAAGUGUAAAUUUGUUGUUCAAAUGUGCAUGUUCAUUUAUAACUGUAGCAAACGAUGUUGUGAACUUGUGCUUGAGAUUAGCGGUGUUACGUAAUCAAAACAUGGCUAACAAAAUUUUAAUAAAAAGGCAGACACGAAACCUGAAAAAAAAAAUUAGAAAGAAACCAUAUUUCGAGUACAAAUAUAUGUACGCUUUCAAAAUUAUGACAGCUACAAACUAAUUAACUAAAACUAGCAACGAAGACUUUUCCUUUGGCCUGGGGUUUCGUGACAAACAAAUUCGUUGCUUUGACAAGCUCCCGCUUAAUAAUUUUUUAAAAAUAAAUUGGUUUGGAUUCAAUCGUCCAUUUCAUACUUCAAGCCAGUAUAAAACAAGGUAUGGCAUGGUAUGGCUGUUAAAGUUUUGUAUGGAACCCGCUGGUCGUUUGAAUUGCAUUGAACAAAUGUUUGAAUUGAACAAAUGACAACUAUUCUCUAAACUAGCAGCCCCAACUUUACAGUCUUUGCUGAAAGCAUUUUGUUGUUCACAAUAUUUAGUGAUGGAAAAAUACACACAAUUGUUGAUAAAUCAUGUUUUAAUACACUGGUUUAUCAUUAAUUAUUUUAAUGUAUGUUUUAAUAUUUCGGUUUUUAAACGUUUAUUUUUUGACGUUUUGAUUACUACAGUAGCUGUACAUGAAAAUAUCCUACAGACAAUUAUAUCCGCGUCCAGGGCAUUUUUUAACUAUAUAACUGGUGGGGCGUUUUUUAACUAUAUAACUACAUAAUGAGCGAAUUAAUGAAAGGGCUAACAAGAGGUAGACUGUUUUAAAAAUGCCAUUUCCGACGAUUUAGUGACGCAAAAUUUUUCCGCUCUGUGCCAACCAUGAGGGCGCUUUCUGGGAGUCGGACCCUCUAAGUUUAUCAAGCUGGUUCCCUGAGUGACGGCCAAGUUGUGGUAUCUACAUAAACAUACUAUGCAAGUACAUGACUGAAGGUUUAGUCUAUUUACAGCAUAAUGUAAUGCUGUAUAUCCAAAAAUCUGUUUCGGAAAAUGAAGGGAAUUGCAGUCAUAGGGGAGGAGAAUACCUCCAGACCCCUCCCCACCCCACUAUUAAAUGCGAUACCACACCAAACUUUUGUUACCAACAAACCAUUUAUCAUUUCUCCACACUUGGUAUGGUAUGUUCCCUUUUUGUAGAUGCCCCCCCCCCCACUGACGAAUUCUUAAAAAAUGCCUUGUCCGCGUCGCACCAAAAACAAUACUGGAUUACAUAGUGCUUAACACGAAGUCUUUUUGCAUUGGGCAGUGUUUCACUUAUCUGUCCUAUUUUGGCGCAUAACAGCUGAUAUGAUACGGAACCGGCCAAUCGUAAUCGACGAAUUAUCCAAAGGUCCAGGGCUGUAUUUCCGGUCGGUUGCAAACCUGGGGUUACGUACGAACCUAAAAAUAAUUAUUUUCUUCCAGAUUUGCUUGGGAUGUCUCAUACACACAAUGUAUUUAAAGAAGUCGUUGAACAGUUACAUUUAGCUGUUAUCUCCUGGACAAACCAAACGAUCACACCGUUGACCCUUGCGAAAUUUGAAGAAAUGAUUAAGGGUAUAUACAAGCACCUUUAUUACGCACCCAACGGUUUUGUGCGGAAAAUGUUACAAUCCAAAGGUUUAACCCAGUGGAUAUGGCAAGGAAGUGGUUUUACCUCACCAGAAAAAGUCGCUUUAAAAUCACCUUUUCCAAAGACUAUCAACAUUCAUCCAUAUUUGUUUCGUCUUCCAAACGAACUAUUCGAAGUGAAAGAAUUUCUACUAUCCCAUGGAGUAAAGAAACAAUUUACAGUCGAUAACUUGUUGGAUAUGCUGCGGAAUAUAAAGGCAAAGCACGAUGAUGAAAAACGACCACUUGAGGACAUGAUGCAAGAUUUAGACCAAUGUCGUGCAGUGUUAGAAUGGAUUGUGAGAAGUGGUGGCGAGCUAUCUGAAAAACGCCGCUGUAAACUUCUAAUUCCCGUUCAGACCGAGUCCGAUAAGCUGCAACUCGAACCGUGCAACACGUGUACAUACUGUGAUCGGGAAUUUUUAAGACGAGGUGUCUCUGAACAUGAGAUCUCUAUUCAGUUUCAUUUAAUUCAUAAAGCAAUUCCGGAUGAUUUGGCUAGCUGUCUUGGAGUUCCGCGUCUCUCAAGCUGCCUCGCAGGAGCCAAAGAACUUGUUAUUAACUACAAAAAAGCUGGCCAGUAUGAGCCACUGACAACACGGUUACGUAACAUUCUCCAGCAGUACAAAGAAGGAGUGGCAAUUUUCAAGGAGAUUAUUCAAAACGCAGAUGACGCUCGCGCUUCAAAAGUGUGCUUUGUCGUUGACUGGCGGGAGAAUCACCGAGAACAAUUGCUCACUGAAGAACUAGCCAAAUGUCAAGGACCUGCUCUUUGGGCUUAUAACGACGCUAUGUUCUCUGAGGAAGAUUUUGAAAACAUCAACAAGCUUGCUGGUGAAACGAAGAAAGAAGACUUGGACAAGGUGGGUCGUUUUGGUCUUGGCUUCAACUUAGUCUACCAUCUCACUGAUGUCCCAAGUUUUCUGAGUGGCGAACACCUAGUCGUUUUUGAUCCGAAUAUGAAUCAUAUCUCUAAAUUGAUCGACAGCAAGAUGAGAAGUAGUGGACUUAUGUUAAGCUUGGUAGAACACAAACAUGCUCUUUCGGCAUUCCCAGACCAAUUCUCUCCUUACAACCAGUUGUUUGGCUGCGACAUGACCGGUGCGGGUACUUUUCACUUCAAAGGAACAUUGUUUCGGCUCCCUUUUCGUACAGCUGUACAAGCGCAAGAAAGUGAGAUUUCGAAAGAACCUUACACCCGAGAUAACGUGAACAACCUUAUAAAGUCAUUGAAAGAAAGUGCCUCAACCCUUUUGCUGUUCGCCCAAAAUGUCAAGGAGGUUCGAGUUUUUGAAAUCUCGAAAAAUUCUAACCCAAAGAAGUCUUUGGAACGACCCAUCAUCAGCAUUACAAAAUCGGUCGAGACGAUUACUAAGUACACGAAUAUUACUGAGGGAACGAUCUUGCAAAAUUCGUCAACUUGGUUGUUAAACAGUCGAAGAUCGGGAGUGAAAGCUCCCUCAGAUGCACCCCGUAGUACUGAAUGGUUAAAGAUGGAUGUAUCAAUGGUAAAAUCGGACCUAAGUGAAGUAUCAGAAGAUCGUCAAGAAGAAGACACGUGGAUUGUUAAUUCUUGCACAGGUGGUGGGUCCUCUCUUGAAGUUGCGCAAAGUGCUGAUGGUAAAAAGAGCGCAGUUGUCCCUGUCACUGGAAUAGCUGCAAAGAUUACGAUUUCAAGCACAGAAGGUGCAAAAAUAUUCCCCGUAACUGGAGAGGUAUUCUGCUUUAUGCCACUGUCUAUCGAGUCUGGGUUCCCCGUGCAUGUUAACGGCUCUUUCUCGGUUUAUUCAAAUCGGCGGCGUCUAUGGGAAGAAGGCGUGGGUGAACACCAAUCGUUAAGACCAUUCGAAGCCAAGUGGAACGAAGCGUUAAUGGAAGAUUCCUUAGUGCAGGCUUACCUUCAGCUGCUACAAAUACUUACGUCCUACAAUGAUAAGCAGUACGAGUUCCACAGUCUUUGGCCUAACCUAACAAAAGUAAACUACCCAAAAGCGUGGAAACCGUUUCUUUACUCAUUCUUCAACAAAAUCAUCGAGGAAGAGUUGCCACUAUUUUAUUGCAAUGGAGAAUGGAGAAAACUAAAUGAUUGUCUUAUUCUUGAUCCAAAACUUAACAAGGUUGCUCAUUGCGUCACCAUUAUGAACCAACUUGGUGAAAAUGUCCUAUUACUUCCCCAAGACUUCAUGGAAGCCUUCAAGUGUAGCGGGAAAGAAGCUUUUAUCAAGAGUCACAUGCUGACCGAAGAUAGAUUCUUGAGAGAUUUCUUUUUUCCCAGAGUUUCACAGAUAUUAAACCAACUUCGUAACUCAGUUCUUGUUCACAUCCUCGAUCGUCGACUAAGCAAGCAUCGAAACUAUGAUGAUCUCUUACGAACGUAUCCAUGUUUCAACUGUUCCAAGGAUGAAACGCGGCUGCGCAAACCAAGCGAACUGGUCCAUCCUAAAGGAAAAGCUGCCUGCUUGUUUUCCGAAGAAGAAGAACGAUUUCCGUUGGACGAUCUUUUUCUUGAGAAAGAGCGAGCAAUGAUGUUGGAAGAGUUGGGAAUGGCCAUUGAUUUUCUUCCGUGGCGUGCUUUGUGCGAGCGAGCUGAAUGGGUUUCCGAUCAUUGUGAUGUGAAGAAAGCAGCGUUGCUUAUUCAAUUCAUGAAUCAAAUACCUCCGGUAUGUGAAAUAACUGCUGACGAAACGAGAAGUCUUCGUGCUGCUCAGUUCCUUCCCAUUUUGCCAAAGCCAAAAGACUACCCAUUUCCCUGGAAGUCUGACAAAUACCGAACGAUGCAUUUGGCUGCCGCCGAGAAUCUCUAUCCUGAACGACAUAAAUACCUUGUUGGUUCCUCUCACCUCAUCCUGGAUGAAUCAUCUAAUAGUUCAAGCGUACCAAACAAAUCUCUCAAAAAAAUCCUCGGGUUUUCUUCAAAGCAACCAGAGUUAUCUGAUGUCAUAGCACAACUUGAUCAAGUCAUCCAGCAGUCUCAUUUGGCCACUAGAGAAGACAAAGAAUCAGCAUGUUCAACAAUUUAUAAGUUUUUGCAACACGUUGCAACCAUUGAAAAAUACAAGUCGAAACUUCGUAAACACUUGGAUUGCCGACAAUGGAUGCUCGUUAAAGGUCAAAUGGUGGAUUCAAAACUAGUGGCGAAGAACUGGAAAAAAGAAGAUGGAUCGCCAUAUCUGUUUUCCUUACCUCUUGCGUAUAGUACGAAGUUUAAGGGCCUCAUUAAUUGGUAUGGGAUAAAGGAUAACUUUGACCAAGAGGAUUUUAUUACAGCAAUUUUAAAGCUUAGAGAAGACACUGCACGUGAAGAACUGUUAGAUGAUCAAAUCCGUACCCUUAUUGUUCUUCUCGAAGACUUAUUUAACUUACCCAACACGAUGCUUGUUCAUGAAAUAGCAUUGCCCCUUCCAGGUUCAGACUGCAAGUUGUAUAACGCAGAUGAACUUACAAUUAACGACACCCCUUGGCUAGAGACGGAUGGCAUAAAUAAACCUGUACACAAGAAGAUCCCUGUAUAUUUGGCAUACCAAUGUGGUGCGAAGAAGCUGAGAAACGCAGAUUUAAAUCGGUAUUCGGAACCUAUUGGUCAACCUUUUGGACAGCACGAGAAGCUAACUGAUCGCUUAAAGAACAUCCUCACGGCCUAUCCUGCUGACGUGGGGAUAUUGAAAGAGCUUCUUCAAAACGCAGAUGACGCAAAAGCUAACGAAAUACAUUUUGUGUUUGAUCCCCGAACCCAUGGAACUAAAUAUGUCUUCUCUGAUGACUGGAACGACCUUCAAGGCCCUGCGAUUUGUGUCUACAACGACAAGCCAUUCUCCAAAGAGGAUAUUGAAGGUAUCCAGAAGCUUGGGAUCGGAAGCAAAGUGGACGACCCUGCGAAAACUGGACAGUAUGGCAUUGGAUUCAAUGCAGUCUACCAUCUCACUGAUUGCCCUUACUUCAUAUCGAAUGGUGAAGUCAUUUGUGUUUCUGACCCGCACACAGCGUAUGUUCCUGGUGCAAAUGAAAGACAUCCUGGACGGUUGUUCCCCCAACUGGACGAAAAGUUUCGACGUAAUUACCAGGAUGUUUUAUCUAGUUUUUUGGGCGAUCUUUUUGAUCUUAAAGAAAGUACAAUGUUUCGUUUUCCACUUCGUGGUAAUGCAAAGCUUCAGUCUAAGAUUUCUACUGUUCAGUGGAAUGAAAGAAAAGUGAAGGAGCUGUUUGGUGUAUUCCGUGCAUCCGCCAAAGACAUGCUGUUGUUUCUGAACAACGUUACGAAGAUCUCUGUUUCCGUGAUAAAGAACGGAGAACUUGAAACGUAUUCUGUGAUGUGCGAAGUUUCUGACAAAGCUAAACGAACUGAAUUCUUUGAGAAGAUCAGAGCAUGCAGUCUAGUGCCAACUCAAGAAAUAACAUGGCAACAAAUCCAUUACGUUAUGAAGAUAUCGGAUACGAAGAACGUAAAAAAGGAUUGGUUGGUCACACAGAGUUUGGGGCAUGGUAAUGAAGAAAGUGACGCCCAAGUUCCAAAUGGUACCAGUAUGGGUCUGUUACCACGGGCUGGAAUUGCUAUCCUCUUGCCCUCAACUGAACCUCCAUUCCGACAUUCCAUUUUUUGCAUACUUCCACUUCCAGUUUCUACGAAACUUCCCGUUCAUAUCAAUGGUCACUUUGCGUUGGACUCGGCACGCCGUGGUCUGUGGCAUGACCCUAACAGUUCGGACGAACGAGGCGUUUGGAAUAACUUCAUGAAACGCCAAGUAAUUGCUCGAGUUUAUGCCAGUGCAAUUUGUUAUGCCAGAGAGUACAUUCUUGGCUAUCAAGCUGAAUCAGGUACAUUUUCUUCCAAGAAAGAAACUGAGGAUGGUCUCAGGUGGUAUCAUCAGUUAUUCCCUUCCAUUAAAAACCUUGAUACAGAAUGGAAACCCGUUGGAGAAGCACUUUACAAGAGUUUCGUGCCGAUGUUUCCUGUUUUACCAGUAGCCAUGUCAGCUCCGCAAUGGAAGAAGCCCUUGGCGGAGAACCUUUCUGAAGCAAGAACAGAGCCUGAUGAGACUCCUGUUACUGUCACGUGGUGUAAAGUCAGCGAUGCCUACUUUUGUUCAUCAGAAAUGUCUUGGUUGCUCGAGAAGACGCUGUUGGACAUAGGAUUCCCCCUCCUCUCGCACACUCCGUGGAAAAUUCACGAGAGUUUCAAAGCAGUUGAACGUUACCAAGAUGUGAGUCCAGAACGAGUACGGGAAUUCCUCCUUAGUCACGGGAAAAUUAAAGAUAAUUUACCCAAGGAAGUCAACGACACUGUUCUUCACCACGUUAACAAUGUUCAUGAACUGACUAAGUAUUGCGCUAAAGCUGAAGACUUUUUCGAAAAUCUUGAAGGAGUUCCUUUGCUUCUCCAACAAGAUGGCAUACUUCGUUGUUUCUGGCCCGAUAAGAUAGUUUUCUGCAGCAGGUUCAAUCAGCUGUUGCCCUCCAAAUCUGAUCUCUUCCUGAAUGAAUUGCUCCGAUUUCUUUAUGCAAGUACCAUGAAGAAGUGCUCCAACGUUAUGCGAGAGUUUCUUAUAUCAGAUCUUGCCAAAUUUCAGGCACUCUUUUUCCCAUCGACGUGGAUUAACAGAGUCUCCCAUCAACCAUGGAAUCCAAGAGAGGAUGGCAACGAAUUUCCAUCACAAGAAUGGCUUAAAUUACUCUGGGAAUUUAUUGAUGCUAUCGCCAAAAGUCAAAGUGACGGUACGAAUAGCGGUGAAAAUGAAAGCAAAACUAGUAGUAUCCUCAAUGAAAUCAUGAGUUGGCAUAUAUUUCCGACCACACAUAACUGUCUCGUUCCGGUUUCCAUGGGGAAAACCGUUCUCAAUGUAAGCACUUAUCUCAACAGCGAUUCAACUCAAGACAAAAUCAUACGAGGGCUGUUGGUGAAACUUGGCUGCCCGCAGUUGAACCAUACCAUUUUAAUAUCUUCAUCUUCCAGAUCCUCAAAUCCGACUGGAGCUACUGCAGUACGCAAGCACUAUCUUGCAAUGGUUCAGUCAACGGAGGACGUCCUGGGACUGUUGCACCAGACUUUGAACGGCGACAUGAGAGAGGAAACUACACUUACGAAACACGAAAUUGAACGACUCCUUAUGUUUCUACAAAGUGAUUUUUCCAGGCUUGCAUGCCCUCUUCUGCGAAAUCUUCCAUUUUACGAAACCAUCAGUUGUACUUAUACAAGGCUUUCUGGUAACCAUGCAGUGUUUGAAGUGCCAGAUGACAUUCCAUGGGAUGACCUUCAAGUUCUUUCCUCCGUAACAAGCAGUAUCUUCUUACGCCAAGCUCCCAAACUCGCGGAUCUUUACCGUUACAUUGGAAUCAAACAAGCAUCAUCUAUGGACUUCUACAUGGGUAUAGUUCUAAAGUACUUCGAUCAUUUAACACCUAACGGAAAAGUAAACCAUUUGAAGUUUGUGAGGGAUUCCCUUCUACAUAAGCAUAAAAGUGGUUAUAAAGGUCUACUGUCUCUCAUGAAGCAGUUGUCAUUUAUUGGUCAUUCGGGCGAACUCCGUUCAGCAAAAGAGUUCUAUGACCCAGAUAAUGAAAUAUUUGAGAAAUUUAUACCAAAUGAGAAAUUUCCUCACAAGCCGUUCGAUUCCACAGAGUGGAAAGAAUUUUUAAAGAAAAUUGGUCUCCAGUGUGACGUCACCAUGGAACAUUUUUUAAAGUUUUCCAAACAACUGGAAAAAGAAGCUCGCGAUCUCUCACAUCCAACUUCAAGUGAGGCGAAAAAAAUAUUGCAAAAGUCAAAUAUUCUGGUUUCGCAUUUAUUUCAAAACGAAACUUUGCGCAAAACAGCAUUUCUCUCCCAAAUUUCCAAAAUUAAGUUUGUUCCUGCAGCCAAGAUAAUUAGGUUGUACCUUGAUGUCCAUCCUUCACAUACAAAACCAAUUCUCACAUGUUUUAGCGGCUCCGUGAUUGCACGACAUACAGCUCUUGUAUGGUCAAGCACAUCCUUAAUAGCAACCUCAGCAUUUCCGAACAGUAGAGAUGAUUUGAUCAACAUGCUCGGGAUACAUACUAACCCUCCACACGAACUUGUGAUCUCCCAUGUCAAGAAUAUUGCUGGCCGUUUUCCUGCGAUGAGAAACAAGGAAAUUCCUUCUGCAUUGCAACCAAUCCUUCUUGACGUCACGACCAAGAUAUACAGCUAUUUUAAGGAUUUGUGCGGCCCUGGCCCACGCUCAAAUUGUACAACUGAAUGUAAAUUUACCAGUAAUGCCCUGUGCAAUGUUCCAGUGAUAUUGGUAGAUCAGCAUACAUUCGUAUGCGGUAACCAACUAGCAUUCAGUGGAGUAUGGAACAACAUCAAACCAUACAUGUUUAAUAUUCCCCGCCAUCUUCAACAUUUCGAACACUUCCUAAAAUGCCUUGGAGCUCAGGAACGCCCAACACCACUACAAUAUUCAUCAGUGCUAGAAACAAUCAAGAGAAGUUGUGGGGAUAAUCAAAUGCAUCCGGCAGAGAUUCCUGCAGCAGUCGAGGCCACGAAAGGUUUGUUCAUAUGCUUAAGCAAAGAUAAGAAGCGUUCUCAAACACGUGUAAGUUCUGCCCCGAAUGCAGCACAGUCCCUAGCAAAUGUUCGAACUCUUUAUCUUCCGACCGAAGAUAAUUACCUGAUGCAAUCAGUUGAGGUUUUUGUUAAUGACACAAUGGAAAAGAAAGAACGGUUGAAAGAUUAUUCGAAGGAGUUGCUCAUUGAUUUGACCAUGAGGAAUCAAGAACGUCCUGCGAGACUUGUCGAACUGUUGCCGAGUCCUUUGAAAGUGAAAAAGUUGAGUUCUAUACUAAAUGAAGAGUUGAGUCCAAGUUGCAUCGACAAGAAAUGUAUUCUUGAUCAAGAUUCAAGUACGCUGUUUUGUGACUUCAUCAAACGAUAUCGCGAUAUCAUGCGUUCUCGGGAGCUUAGCGAGGCGCUAAUUCGGCUGUACAAAGUUCAAGAAGAUACACCCAAUAUUCCAGAACAGGUGGAAAAUGAUCUUAGAAGUCUUGAGAACGGUGUCAAAGUUUCUUGCAUGCAGACUAUUGAAGUACGGCUUGUCAAAAUAGCAACUAUGGAACCAGUUUCAGACAGCAAGAAAGAAGUUCCUACUUUCUAUCACAAAAUUCCAGAUGGAUUUUGCAUCCUAAUCAAACACGGCGGGGAGGGAAAUUCUGGUGUAUUACACGAGAGGUUAAGUUCGUUUAUUUCCCAGAUCACUGGGCAACAUAUCGGCGAGGCUUGUUGGCGCUAUCUGAUGAUGAUCCUUGGUGUUAAAGACCCCUGCGAAAUAUCGAAGACUUUGGAUGAUGCUCGGGUAACACGAUUUAUCAGAAGUAUUUCGAGAGAACCAAAUCCGGGCGAUCAAAUUCCAGAAUGGUUCCACUAUCUUUUGAAAAACGAUAUAAAUUACCAUCUUCGAGAAGGUGAAUGGGUUGGAUAUGAAGUAAGGGAGGAGGAUGAAGAUAAUGAAGCGGUGUAUAUAUACGCUAAGAUCAUCGAGCAAACAAGUCAAGGUAUAUGUUUCUUUACUGAAUUAUAUUCUUGGCUUCCCUCAAUAUAUUUUCUUGUUUUUGAUUGACAUCAACAUUUCCUUUAAAGCACAUCGGGAAUGAAAUUCAAGGGAUGCUCAUCUUCGUACCUCGGGAAUUCCUUCGUUACAAUUUUAGCGAGGGCACCUAAUUCACCCACAUAAUUAUUAUGCAAUGUCAAUUAAUGCUUAGUGAUUAUUCUUAUUCAUAUAACUUUAUUCUACGCUUACACUAUAUCUUAGUGAUCACUAGGCAUGCAAGUUAUCUGAAAGUCUCAAUUAUGUGGUAAUGAUGGGCAUGAAGGUUAACCGAUAGGUUUUUCAACGUCCCGUGCAUUUAUGAUGCUUAGGAACAUUGUGAUCAGGUUUACACUCCUGCCGUUUGUACUGGAGUACUCAGCAUUUCCUUGUUUAUACCUACUUCAGCCUUUUUAAGCGUUUGUACAAAGUAUUAACAGAGAAUAUUAACUUUAUACUAAUCCGAGAAUAUUAACUUUAUACGAAUUCAUUGUUACUUUUUAGGUGAUGGUAAAUUCACUUUCAACAGCAAAUACUUGAUUGAUAUUGGCGAGGAAGAGCAUGUUGCAGUUAGCAAACUAAAGCUUUACAAGUUUGAUCGUAGAGGUGGAACCGCAGAUAACGCUGCCAGUGCGAGACAUGAAUGGUUGGAUUUGGUACCUUUUGAAGAUCUUGCAACUGGUAAUACUAACCAAGAUCCUACUGCUCCUGAGCCUGAACAUGAGCCAGCAACGUUUGAAGAAGCGAAAAGAGAGGUUGCAGAAGCGCUGAAAGAAAUUUGGCAAUUUCCAGAGUCGGAAAGAUCGAGUGCUAUAAAACGUUUGAUCCGACGAUGGCAUCCCGACAAAAAUCAGCAUCGCGAGUCCUUCGCUAACGAAGUAACGAAAUUCUUACUCAACGAGGUGGAACGUUUGAAAAAGGGUGGAGUACCUGGCUACCGCCCUGAAGCUGACAAUUCAAAUCAAUCUUCAAGAGGACCAUCAAGACCCACCUGGAAUGGUCCUGAUUUCCAGGAGUUCUUUAACAGAUACCAAGGAAGAGCAAGACGACAACGACAACGUCAUCGCGAAUGGCAAGACGCGGAUAACGAGGAUGAGCCAGCCAAUGGAGACGAAGCUAAACGAUGGAUGAGACAAGCUCAGAAAGAUUUUAAUACGGCUAGCCACCUAUUCCGAAAUGAAGAGGAGACUUACUGUUCAUUUACUUGUUUCCAUUGCCAACAAGCUGUUGAAAAAGCUCUAAAAGCUCUCAUGUUCGCAAAAGGUCAUCUUAAAAUGAGCGACCUGGAAACCCACGACGUGCUCGCAUUAGCAUAUCGAGCAACAGAAAUAGAUCCACGUCUUCACGCCCUUCCGGAUAUGGUUAGAUUUAUACACGGAUAUUAUACCAAGACCCGCUAUCCUCAUUAUAGCAGAGGGCAUUUGUUCGAUAAUACCAUUCCAGCCGAGAUGUUUUCACAUGGAGAUGCCGAAGAAGCGCUUUCAAAUGCCAGAGAAAUUUUGCGGCUCCUCAAGCAAGUCAUGGAUUAGAAAACUAUAUUAGAAAAAUUAGUUCUGGGAUUUUGAGAAAACAGGCCAGGCCAGAUUUGUUCUAGAGAUUGAUGAUUUGGCCAAAAAAUAUACAGUUCGUCUGAUAAAUCUUCUGUGUUUAAACGCGGCAUGCUGACGGAUUUGCCGUCAAGAAUGUGUAGUUCCUCUAACUCGAAGAAUGUGAAUGCCGGUAGUUCGUUUUCUCGAAUGGUCCGUGUUUGCGUGUAGAUACAACAUUAGACGAACUAUCAGAAAAAUACAAUGCUUUGUUAGCGGAUUUUCGCUCCAAUGUUAUAUAAAAUUAUUGAUGCUUGACUAUAAGCAAGUAUAGAUCGCACUGUUUUAACUAGUUCGUCUGGACAGUUCGUUCUUGCCGUUAGAGGGAUGAUGUAUCGAUCCAUCUCUAGAACAAAACGGGUCAUUGCAUGAGGGACAUUCAAUAUUUCACAUAUUUUAUGGCCAAGUCUUAAGGAAUCGCUGUAAUAAAUAUGUAUGCUAGGGCCUCUUUUAAGGAAAAGGAACCUAUAGGCUAUACGAUCUUAUAAAAAAGUCUAGGGGUCCACCUCAAGAAAAUGUUUGUAAUUUUGAGUCUAGCUCCAGGGCAUUAUUUUCUGCAUGCUAAAACACAAUGCAACCUUUCGAUAACACAAUGCAACUUUUUGAUAGACUUUAUCCAUUAGACAAGAGUUUGGUCAUUGCAAUAUUAAAACAUCUGUCUAUCUAAGUAUUCUUCCUUUUCUCUUAUAUAUUUUAGAGGGAAGGGACCUUCAUUGGGGGGACCAACAUAGAUUACUGAAGGACUCCAUCAAUCGGGUUAGGGGAACUAGCCCAGUAUAUAUGUUAAAAGAGGCCCUUUUGCAUGAAACGGGGCUUUAACAAUGGUAUUUUCGGAAAUAUUUCUGUCCGUGGAAAUUUUUCUUGAGUGGAAAUGGGCCUUAAUCGACACGCGUUCGAUCGUGGAACCAAAAUUUAAAUGUUGACUUUCACGGCGAAUGCGUGACACUUGGCAGGUCUGUUACAGGAAAUGUACCGAAUGAAUUUACGAUCGAAUGUAAACCUUGUCAUUUUGUUUCAAAAAUAUAUACCGG